CUAAUUUCUAAAUUAAUUAGUGAUAUCAAUCUCGCCUCCCUCAGCGCGCACGCAGCCGCAACGCCUGCUCGCCGUCGAUCGCCGCGCACCACCAGCCGCCGCCCUCCAGCCUCGCCGUCGCCCAGCCAGAGUCCGACCACCCCCGCCGAGCUCGACCGCCGCUGCUCAAGCCUGCCCGCAUCCAGUCGCCUGCACCAGACCUCGCCCAGCGUUCGACCUCCGACCGGCGUCUUCCUCUCCGUCAGACUCGCCGACGCACUACCCGCACCGCCGCCGACCAGCGUCCAGCCUCCUCCUCCGAUUUUCAUCGGUUUGGUUAUUCUUUCCCUUCAUCCUUGGAUUGGGUACUAUCUCUUCUUCCCUGUUUACCGAUGCUUUCAAUUUUUGGGAUGAAUUGUUCGGUUUGUUAUUUAUUAUAUUAUAUUAAAAUUUAAGAAUCUUACGAGUAAACAAACUUUCUGGUUGAAAUCUAAUUUAUUGAAUUUCCAAGGUUGCGAGUGCUUUCUGUGAAUCUGUGACUGCUGUUUCUCCACUCCUUUUGUUCUAAUGCUUUCAAUUUAGGUAUGCUUUUCAUUGGGUUAGUCGAUUUGAAUUCAAAAUGCAGUGUUACCGUCCAGUUGCUAGAUGAUUCUGAUGCAAAGUCUAUUUUUGGCUACGUAUCAAUCGACGCACAGUUUCUCAACUUUGGAAUUGAAAAUUAAGUUUUCUGUGCUAUCAGAUCUUGGACAUAAACAAGAAAAAAAUUCAGAUUUUAAAUAAUAGAAAACAACCAAAAAUAAAAUAAAUCAAUUAAAAUUCUCCGCCAGCAGUGCCAAAAUUUGAGUGUCUUCGUCCCAUGUUGCGAAAUUAAAUAAACUAAACCUACUUCAGCUGUACUACAUUCUUUUUUUUAUUGUGAAAGUAGAUUUAUUUUAUCUAGCUUUGCAGCCUGUGACAAACCCUGUCAUUUGUGGUGAGUUGUUAUUGAAGGUAGAAGUAUUAGGGAAGGUGGGAAUGUUAUUGAAGUGGAAAUAUUAUUGAAGUAUUGGUAGUCAAUGGUGAUGGAAAGAUUUUGUGCCGAAUUGUAUUCUAUGUACUAGCAUCGAGCUCUUAAAUUGUUCUUUUAUGACAUUUAUUUUAGCCUUUAUUUAUCCUUUUUUUCCUCCCCAUAGGCCCUAGCCAUUUGCCCGCUACAAUCUAUAUUAAAAUUUCUUUUGAUUCUUUUUGUUGGAUUCAAAUAUCUUAAACAAGAAAGGUUUGAUUUUUACUCAAGCCUAUGGAUAAUCUUUUGUUACAUUACUUGAGCAUUAAACUAAAUAUAUGUUUAUUUCUUAUAGAGAGUACAUGUGCAUACACUUUACCUUGUGAGGUUAACUUGGCUUGAUAUGUUAAAUUUUCGAUUGACUUGGUUGUGUUGGAUUACCCUAUUCAUUUUGAAUCUUCUUCAAUUUAUUUUGGUUGUGCGUAUAUUAUCUCUAGUUUUGCUUCUUGGGUUGACUUAUGAUUCAUUACAUUAAAGUUAGUGCUUUCCAGAUUGUUAUUGUCUUCCUGACGCUUGAGGAAUGAAGAUUUUGCUAUGAUAUUUACUUGAUUUUGCUCUAAAUCUGCCAGUUGUUCUACGUGCCAUCAAAUGUUUCAUUGUAAUAUAAGAUAUAGAAAUAAAUUUUAUGGGAUAUUUUCAUCUUAAUGUCUCCUCUUUUACCUUCAAAUCUAUAAAAUUUAGGAGCACAUUUUACAUAACCAAGAGUUGUUUUGGGCAAAAAAAAGAAGAAUUCAAAUGCCCGAUGUUGGAGUUAUUGCAGCAUGAUUAAAAAAAAGGUUUUUAAUUUAUGAAUAAAUGAGAACUUUCAGCAAGCAAUGGACCUGAAGCCUUUCAAGUUAGACAUUGAUGAGCUCAUCAAUGAGUUUUCGGAGAGUGGAUCAACUUCUUUGGCGGAAUUCAAAAAAGUGUGGCUUUCUAAAAAGUUCUCUUUUAUAUUUGAGGCUGGCCCUUUAUCUAAUCAAGGUUUCUUUAUGCAAUCACUUUAUGCUCAUUGCAUUGGUUACAUGGUUUCAGCUCGUACUCUGGCAAACAGAGUGGGUGGACUUUAUUGCUUGCACUGUCUAUAUGAGACUCAACCAUAUAAGCCACCUUACAAAAUAUAUCUAUCUCAUGUAGAACUGAGGGAGAUUAAGUGCCUGGUUGCUGAUGCAAAGGCAGCCGAUGUGAAAAUAGUUUCUGCUUUAGUGAAGAAUAUGCUAGAUAGGAAUGCAUUUCUUUUUGGUUUUGUUGGCGUGAAUGAAGGUUCUACAACAGAGAGAGUUGACGAGCUCAGAGAAAUACAGAAUGCCCGUGUCCAAGCAGCAUAUAAAAAGUUAUUUGCUGAUUCUCGGCUAGAGCAUUUCAUCCAUAUGGACAUGGGUACGGAGCUUGAUAUUGAUGUCUUCAAGAAAAAAUCAUCAGAUUAUGCUGUUGCCAAGGAACUCGCCAUCAAAGAGGCUAGCAAGGUGACUGAUGUCCAAAAUAUGGAGCACAUAGCCGAAAAAAAGAGAUUAGUCGGAGACGUGGUGGAGAAAAUCACUGCCGAUUGGACUUCCCAGAAAGAGGCUCUGUAUAAACAAACCGGAUUUACUCGUCCGCCCCAAAUGGAAGAAGAAAACAACCCGAACAACAAACAACUAACUUUUAAUGAAAUGCCGGUAGGCAAUGUAGACGAACAAAUGCAGGACGACCCGGAUAAUUUUGGUAAGGAAUUAGAAGAGGUUUUGAUGCUCGAUCAAUUUGAAUUUCCUAAUGAAGGCGCGGUGGACUCGUUCGAAGAAAAUGAACAAUAGUAAAGUUAUGUGUAAAAUAGAUUAUUGAGAUCAAUGAAUUUUCUUGACAGCAUACGGACUAUUAAUCAACUGUAAUUUUUUGAAAAGUUAUGUGUAAUUUUCUUGACAACAUAUGGAUCUGUUUGGGGCUUUGGAUUUUGAUUUGAAAUUUAAAUAGUAAAAGUUUUGAAUUUGAA